GAGCUUCUUCUCAGCUUCUCACUUCCCUAUAAAACACAUUCUCCUAUAUUAUCACUGUGAUAAAAUACACGUACACAUGGUUUAAAAUACGCAUAAAGUUGAGCUCAUAUCAUCACAAACAGACACCUCCCCCACACCCACCGCCUUUCUGUCUAGAAAUCUCUAUUCUCCCCAUUUCUGCUCUCUCUCUCUCUCUUUCUCUGCCUUCUUCUCUUCUUCAUCUUAAAUUCUACCCUUUUGAGUAUUGUUGAUUUCUCAACCCUUUUGGCCAUUUUCUUUGCAUAAUCAUGGUUGUUGUAAUGUAUUUGGCUCUUUUGUUGGCACUUGCUGGCCAUCCAAGUGCUGCUUCUUACUGCUUAUGCAAGGAUGGGUUAAGCGAUGCAGCACUUCAAAAAUCACUGGAUUAUGCUUGUGGAGCUGGAGCUGAUUGUACACCAAUUAUUCAAAAUGGUGCUUGUUUCCAACCCAACACUGUAAAAGAUCACUGCAAUUAUGCUGUUAAUAGUUAUUACCAGAGGAAGGGUCAAGCUGUUGGGAGCUGUGAUUUUUCAGGAACUGCUACUGUUAGUGCUAAUCCCCCUUCAAGUGUAGCUUCUGGGUGCGUUUAUCCUGCGUCUCCAAGCACUACUGGGAUAGGCACUACUACCCCUACCACGGGCACAGGCACAGGCACCCCGACCACAGGCACUGGCACAGGCACCCCGACCACAGGAACUGGCAUAGGCACCGGCACGGGGACGGGAACUGGGACGAGCACCGGGACUGGUACAGGCACAGGCAUAGCAGGAGUGACUCCGAGUCCAUUUGUUGGGUUGGGACCAUCUGGAAGUGGUACUAACAUUGACAAUAGUGGUGUGGCGCCCAUUGAAGCCACUAACAUGUUGUUGGCUUCUCUCAGCCUCUGGUUCUCAGGCCUUGUUUUGUUGUUUUGAGGUUGAAAGAUGAAGAGAUAGCAAGUGGGGUGGACAUGUAAUUUACAGUUGGACAGUAGGAGAUGAUCAUCCUGGAGGCAAACCCCCACUAGGGUUUUUUUAGGUUUCUUUUAUCUAAUGAUAAAAAAAGCUGGGAAUUUGAUCCCUAUUUGAGUGGAAGAUGUGACUUCUGUUGGGCGAGAAGCUGAUCUCUUUCUUUUGUAUUUUUUCUUCCUCUUUUCCCUUUUGUAUAUUUAGAGAGAGGGUAAGUAUUAUGUAGUUUUUUUUUUUUUUUCUAAUGGAAAAUUGGUACCUUUCUGCCCA